AUGUCCCACAUAUUCCUGCUCCCCCAGUCGUGUAUCACGCAGCUGUUGCCCCGAGCUCCGAAGCCAGUGGCUAAAAAGAUUCCCGCGACCAUCCGCGAAACCGCUCCGGAUGGAUCAAUUCGUGAGCGAGAGGUCUGCAAGAUGGGGGCAAUCGGUAUGUGUCCUAGGGGAGAUCGUUGCCGAUAUGCCCACAUCACCGAAUCCGAGCUCGAGAGCGAGGACAGCGAUGACACAAGUGAGAGCAGCGCCACGGAUGAUCUGCGCCAUGAUCCAGAACUCAAGGACGUGUCCCAAGGUGGUUCUGUCGAAGCCUCUAAUCAGACCAGUUCGAAGAAGUCCAGGGAAAUUUGCAGGCUCUACUUCACCAAAGGUCGCUGUUUCAUGCGGCACUGUAAACAUUCCCACAAUAUCUUGGAUCUGGCUCGACUCCCACCUGACCACAAACUCGUUCUGAAGAAUUCGGAAAAAUUGUGUGAGGCUUUGGCGGCACAGGUGGCGGCUGAGUCCUCUACAGAGGCAACGACAUCCUCCUCGGCUUCACACGAACCUCCUGCGAUUGCUGACACCGCAAAAAAGCGUCAGAAGGGACCACGGAAGCCUGGAAUUCCGACCUCGCCCGUUUCACUCCAGUCAGAUGGUGCUCCAAACCACAGAGACGUGCCCGCUACGUCUAAGGGAAAGGGUCGUGCUCACGACAAGCUCCCAGACAUAGCCGACAGAAGUGCAGGCACGCGACCAAAGACUAGGCCUGCUUCGCCAAAGCUUCGUGACGAUGCAGACGGCGAUAGCACCGACGCGACGUUUUACUCUGCAGAUUCUCAGCUCGAAGGUCCUCGCCAUUCGCCGGACACUUCGCUCGUUGCUUCACAGCCUAUGGCGACGAGUACACGUGCGUGCUUGGACUACGUCAAUGGGCGGUGUCAUCGUGAAGUUUGUCGAUACUCCCACAACGUCGACCGUGAGCAGAUGCGUCUUCAGUACCAGGAGCGCACAAGGGUGCUCCCACCGGAUGGCAUGGGCCACAACUCCUCUUUGCAAGCGCUGCCUGUUACCCAUCCGUUGCCGUUGCGACCCAUAACGGCUGCGCUUCCUCCCGGCCAGCAACAACUCCCUCAUGUGCCUUCUCGAGGAUCGGGCACCGGACGCCCCAUUGCAAGCACCCGCCCUCCUCCUGGGCUCCCUAGCUCUCGAGCUCCGGUACUCCCGCCUGGCUUAGGCUUAGAGACGCUGACCAGGAAUGCUUCGCAACCGCAAGCGUCCCCUGAAUCGUUCACCAUCACCGUCCUCGAUUCCACCAAAGUGACGUUUGGACCUGGGUUCAUCGUGACGCAGGUUGUCACCGGCUUCGAGUGUCGCCAGAUUAUCCUGGAGGGCGUCCCAGCUUCCGCUGUGCCUGCUUCCAUCUCGGAGAAACUAGCGGUUUACGGGAUGGUGACCACCAUCGUCCCUACGGAGUCCGAUCAGGGGGACAAGUACGCGGCCUACAAGGUGACCUUCGCAAGCGGCGAUGCUGCUGCCCAAGCUGUCGCUGCCCUCAAUGGGAAGAAAUUCCUUGGUAGGACUGUCUCCGUUCGACUCGCGCCGAAGGCAUCGUCGGUGCUUGGUGGGGGAACCUUCUGCGACACCGACGUCCUCUUCGAGUUGCCUGCGCCGUGGCAGAAAGGUUUCAUCGGCUUCCCUACCGAGGAGCUGGCCCACAGGUCUAUCGCCCUGGCCAAGACCGCGAACGUCGGUCUCUCUCAGGUCCACGCGGAGAUGUUCCAGGGGAUCCCGAACAUAGGGAUGUUCAAUGUCCGCUUCUCGAACCUGCCCCCGAACUUCACCCCUGACGAUCUCAAGAAGCACUUUGUUCACCCGCUGGACGAGAAGAAGAAUGCUAAGCAAGGGGAUAAGAAGAAGAACAGGAGAGGUGGUAAAGGAAAAGCAAAGCAGCAUCCUACCGGUGAUACCGAGGAGCCCGAGCCCGAGCCACCAACGGAGCUGUGCGAAGGAGUCAUGAUUCAGCGUGGCAAGUACACAUCCCUGCAGGGUGCCUUCGCUGGUUUGAAGAGGAUGCUGCAAGAGCACGACGAGGACGUCUCGAUCAACGCUCUUCCUCCGCCGUACCACAAGUUCGUGCGCGUCUGGGCUCACUUCUCCAAUCCGACAGCGGCCUCCAAUGCGACCGCCGCUUUGGACAGGUUCUGCCCACGUUUCGUGGGCAAGGGGAGGAUCUUCGCGCAGCACGUUAAGACCCUGCGGUACUCGCUACCCGCAAGCAUCUUCGACGUUCUUUCCUAUGACAUCGAUCUCCUGCGCUCCUACCUGCACGACGACGAGAAUACAACCCUCUCCGUGAUCGACAAGAGGGCGUCACUCGGGUCUGGCGCGGCUGUGAUCGUCAAGCUGGUUUCCCAGAGCAUGACGUCGCUCACGAAGGCGAAGGCCACGUUCGAUCGCGUUCUUCGCGGCGAGAAGGUCACACACAACGGCCAGAUCGUCUGGAACGACUUCUUCGCAAGCAAGGCUGGCGAGGAGUUCCUGCGGGAGCUGGAGGAGGAGAACCCACGGGUGAAGAUCAACAGCGACCCGCGCAGGCGCACCCUAGCGCUUUUUGGCGUCCGCUACCAACGCGAGCGGGUCCGCGACCUCAUCGUCCACAGAGUCCGGCUCCUCAAGUCGCAGAAGCUCCACCGGUACCCCGUCUUCGGGCACCUUGUCGGCGUCUUCGUGACCGAGGACCUCCCCAAGCUCCGGCGACACCUUGGCUACGAGAACGCGUGGUUCGACCUCACGAACCAGCAGCUGGUCGUCCAGGGCGACGAAGACGCGCAGAAGGUCGCGCAGCUCGCAGUGCUCCACGCUCAGCAGCGUCUCUCGCGCCGCCCCGCAGGCGACGAUGACGGUUGCCCCGUCUGCUUCUCCGAGCCCUCGCACCCGGUCUCCCUCCCGUGCGGCCACACAUGGUGCAAGGCGUGUCUGGUUGGCUACCUCCACGCCUCCAUUGACAGCAAGUCGUUCCCGCUCACCUGCCUCGCGGACUCCGCACGCUGCGCCGAGCCGAUCGCGCUCUCAACUGCGCAGCGCCUGCUGUCGACUGACGAGUUCGACGCAGUGGUAAACGCUGCGUUCGUCGCGCACGUGCAACAGCAUCCCUCCGAGUUCCAUUACUGCCCGACGCCGGACUGCCCGCAGGUGUACCGCACGGCGACGGCGGCCGCCGCGGCGAGCGCACGCACGCGCGCGUCUGCGGCGGUGUUGCAGUGCCCGUCGUGCCUCGCGCGCAUCUGCGCACACUGCAACACGGAGGCGCACGAGGGUGGGUCGUGCCAGGACCGCAACCCGGAGGACGAGCUGCUGUUCGAGCAGUGGAAGAUGGGCCACGACGUGAAGAGCUGCCCCGGGUGCAAAGUGCCCAUCGAGCGCGCGGCGGGCUGCAACCACAUGACGUGCGCGAGCUGCAAGAUCCACAUCUGCUGGGUCUGCCUGGCGACGUUUGCGCAAAGCGCGGAGGUGUACGAACAUAUGCGGGGUCUCCACGGUGGCAUCGGACUGUAGCGACUCUCAUCCUUCCGGGCGUACGCCCCCUGCUUAUUAUUUUUCGCUAAAUAGCAAGCAGAGGGUGCAGGCCCACAUCUGCUUUAUC